AGGUGACGUGUGCGGAGCGGAGCCGGUGCGGGAUGGAGGGGCUGUACCAGCAAACCAACAAGCAGGUCCAUGAGGUCCAGUCUUACAUGGGGCACCUGGAGACUUCAGACAAAGAGUCAGUGCACUUGGUAGAGAAUGAGAUUCAGGCAAGAAUAGACAACAUAUUCAGCAACUUGGAACGUCUGGAAAUCCUGUCCAGCAAAGAACCUCCCAACAAGAGGCAGAGUGCCAAACUGCGAGUGGACCAGCUGAAAUACGACGUGCAGCACCUGCAGACAGCCCUGAGGAACUUCCAGCACCGCCGGUACCUGCGGGAGCAGCAGGAGAGGCAGCGGGAGGAGCUGCUGGCCCGCACCUUCACCACCAACGACUCUGACACCACCAUCCCGAUCGACGAAACCUUGCAGUUUAAUGAAUCCCUGCAGAGUGCCCACCGAGGCAUGGAUGAGCUUAUUGGCAGUGGCACCAACAUCCUGGCUGGGCUGAGGGACCAGAGAGUCACUUUAAAGGGCACCCACAAGAAGAUCCUGGACGUUGCCAACAUGCUGGGGCUGUCCAACACGGUGAUGCGGCUGAUUGAGAAGCGCGCCUUCCAGGACAAGUUCCUCAUGCUGGGGGGCAUGGCUGUCACCUGCCUCAUCAUGUUCCUUGUGGUGCAGUACCUGACAUGAGCUGCUGGCCUCCUGCAAGAGGACUGACUGCCUCCAGAACUGAAUUUCCUCUGGGUGCUGCUUUGGAUGAGCCCUUCCCGUGGACUUCAGAGUUUACAAAAUCCUGCUGGGACAGCAUCACGUGGAAGGCAGGUUGGGAAAUGGAUGUGUCAGGAAAUGGGACACUGUGCUUGAGAAUGGCCCUGUGAAAAUAACCCCUGGCCUUUACUGCUCUCCCCUCAAGCCUGCAGGUUAAUAGGAAGCAGAAGUGAACGUUGUGCCCAGCUGUAGCAAGGCAGGAAUGUCCCUUUGGGCACACAGGGAUGGGAGGAUGCAGAGGCACAGCCUAGGAUGCAGCCAGACUUUCUGACCUGACCCCCUGCAUUUUGCAGUGCAAGAAUAGCACAGAGAAUUUCACAGUGUUCAUGGGCCUGAGUGUGCAAAAAGAGCUGGGAAGUAAAGGGCUCCCAUCUGCUUGGAGGAGGAGGAGGAUGUGUGGGGAAGUCUUAAAACACGGUUAUAACCUCAGUUAACUUCACACACAGUAUUGCCCAGCACACAUCUCUCUGGUUUAGGCUGAAAUGCUGCUCUGCUCCUCUGAGGGAUGUGUUGGUGCCUCUCUCUGCCCUGCUGCUUCCCAGGGGAUGCUGAGUGCCCCUCCUGCUCCCUCCUGCUUCCACUGGGAUGCACAUCAGGCCUGUGGCAUCUGCCUGGGCCUCUUGCCAAAUGCAGCCUCCAAAACUGAGAUUGUUAAUGCUGGAGCACAGAGCUUUGGGGAGCUGUGUUCAUUUCCUGAGGUGCUGGUUGGGUUUGGGGCUCUGGAGCUGGAACUUCUGAGUGGAUGGAGCAGGUGAGUCCCCCUGUACUCCCUGGAGGUGUGGGAUUGUUCAGAGCUGGAACAGGUUCUGCACACCAGAGGGAUGGUGGGAUCAGCACAGCAGGCCCUGGCACUGAACAUCAGCCCUGUCAGGGGAGUUUCUUCAAGUCUGUGCCUUGGGAUGGAGAAUCCCCACCUUGGCAAGGGCAUUCCUGUGCUGCCCUUUGCCCCUGUGGAGUUCCUGUGAGGGACACUCAGCUGUGUCACCUCCUGGGGGUGGUGCUGGCUCACACUCAUCCCUUUGGGGUCAUUCCCUGUCCCAGUGAAACACUGGAGCUGUGAGAUCCUGGCACUGCUUCCCCUGCAGCCUGGGGGUGUCUGGUGGAGGUGGCAUUUUGGGAUCAUCCAUUUCAAUCACCCUGCAGAUCCAUUCUCAUCCCCACGUGUGACAAUUCUGGAACAUUCCCUGGUGUCUGACAGUGGCACAGAUGGGUCGUACAUAGAUGGUGCUGGCAAUUCCUCCCCUCUUUCCUGUCUGGAAUGGUUGUGGGUCUCUGGAUUAAUAACUAAUCACAAGCUCUACAUUCUGCUGACUGCACUGAGCUUUGCUUUUAUUAUGUGUUGCAAACUGGGAGAAAGGGUUUCAAUAACUGAAAAAAAUGUUAGAAUUAAUUUUAGGGACUGUGGGCCAUGGGAUAGGGCCAUGCUGGUGAGCAGAGCUGGAGUGACCAGUGGCCCCUGUUAUGGGCUUCUCCAUGUGUUUGAUACUUUUCUGCUAUUCCUCCAAGUGUUUCCUGCUCUUGGAGUUCCCCAUCUGUGCAGGUUUUCCAAGGAAAUAAAGCAAGCAUGGAGCUGGUUUUCAUUUGAGCCCAAGGAAUUAAAAGGAAAAGAGGGAAUCUGCAGUGAUGGAGCAUCUGCCUGGUUGUGUAACAGAAAUCAUAAAUCCAAAUUUGUGUGAAAUUUAUUUUGGAUAUGAAAUCUGAUGGAUUCAGCCCUUGAGAGGGCAGCUGAGCACUUGCAGGGGGUCCCUGGCAAAUCUCAGUUCUGAUGAACUGAUGCAGCUCCACUGGAUUUUCGUGUUGGGGUUUAAGGCUGUCACUGUUUGAAGUUUCAGGGUUUGUCUUACACCAAGGUGGGACUCUGGCCAAUCUCUCUCCUUUUGGGCUGUGGUAGGAGCCAUAAGAUACUUGGAACUGGAUUUUUCUUCUGUUUCUGAGCCUAGCUUGCCAUUUUAAUAGAUAUUUUCCUGUUGAUUUAUUUUGCCUCUGGACUCCCCUUGUCCCUGCACAGAUUUCCCCUUGGUGAGCCAAGCGUCCUUGCUACCCAUGACAUCCAAAGGUGACACUUGAGGCUUGAAGGAACCACCUGGGGAGCUGCAUUUGGGGACAUGUGACAUCAGAAAUGUCCAAAAUGAUUUCCAGGGCAUCUCAGGUGGUUGUGUGAAACCCAAAAACCCCAUGGCAGUGGGACAGGGGUGGUUCCUUCAAGCCCCACACCUCCCCUUUGGCUGCAGUGGGAAUGAGCUGGAGCCCUGCUGGGAGUGUGGUCCCUGCCAAAGGAAAGGAGCUGGAGCUGCAGCCCUGGAGGCUUUGCUGCUGCAGCUUGGUGGUGUUUCCUUCCUCAGCAAACACCUCACUCACUUCUGCUUCCAAUCUGUGGCACGAGGUCCAGCUCUGGGGUGAGCUGGUCUCAGGAGGGGACUGUGGGAAUUCACUUGCCUCUGGAAUAACACUUUUUAUUUUACCAGUAUUUUAUACAUAAAGGAACGAGGGUGGGACGUGAUUCAUGUGAUGUUCUGUGAAUAAAGAUUUUUUUCAACCAAAA